GCUGGAACGCAUGGCGUCCAUAACGUGCGGCUAGAUGUAUUCAUUUCCGCGUUCCAAGUUGGAACGCAUGGCGUUCAUAACGUGCGGCUCUAUGCCAUGACACUUCCGCGUUUCACCGUGGAACGCACGGACAAACCCAGGCGCACAAGCUGCAUUUGGGGCACCGAGUGGGACACAGGGAGAAAAUACCAAUGA